AGCCCAACACCGAACCGGGAUCGAUCUGGCCGCGGCUUGAACUAGCUCAGCUGCGAGCUCGCGGAACCACGCCUCCGGGAGACUCUGGCCCGGCCGGCGCGGGCCUGGUCUUCAGUCCUAUAUCGCCCCCGCUUGGGAAAAGGUGCAGGGGCCUCUCGCCGCCUCGUCGGGACCGUCCUCUCUACCUGCCUCUGCAACCCCUCUCGGCCCCGAGCCACCCGGCAGCGGGGGUGGGUGUGCAGAGGUGCAGCGUCCAGAACCCGGCUCCCGCAGAGGCUCGGGGUGGCAGCAGCCCUGUUACGGCUUAGAUGGCGCGCAGGACCGAGCCCCCCGACGGGGGCUGGGGAUGGGUGGUGGUGCUCUCAGCGUUCUUCCAGUCGGCGCUGGUGUUCGGGGUGCUCCGCUCCUUUGGGGUCUUCUUCGUGGAGUUUGUGGCGGCGUUUGGGGAGCAGGCAGCGCGCGUCUCCUGGAUCGCCUCCAUAGGAAUCGCGGUGCAGCAGUUUGGGAGCCCGGUAGGCAGUGCCCUGAGCACGAAGUUCGGGCCCAGGCCCGUAGUGAUGACCGGAGGCAUCUUGGCUGCGCUGGGGAUGCUGCUCGCCUCUUUCGCUACUUCGUUGACCCACCUAUACCUGAGUAUUGGGUUGCUGUCAGGCUCUGGCUGGGCUUUGACCUUUGCUCCGACCCUGGCCUGCCUGUCCUGUUAUUUCUCUCGCCGUCGAUCCCUGGCCACCGGGCUCGCUCUGACAGGCGUGGGCCUCUCCUCCUUCGCAUUUGCCCCCUUUUUCCAGUGGCUCCUCAGCCACUACGCCUGGAGAGGGUCCCUACUGCUGGUGUCUGCCCUCUCCCUCCACCUGGUGGCCUGUGGUGCUCUCCUCCGCCCACCUUCCCUGGCUGAGGACCCUGCUGUGGGUGGUCCCAGGGCCCAACUCACCUCCCUCCUCCAUCAUGGCCCCUUCCUCCGUUACACUGUUGCCCUCACCCUGAUCAACACUGGCUACUUCAUUCCCUACCUCCACCUGGUGGCCCAUCUCCAGGACCUGGAUUGGGAUCCACUACCUGCUGCCUUCCUACUCUCAGUUGCUGCUAUUUCUGACCUCGUGGGGCGCGUGGUCUCUGGAUGGCUGGGAGAUGCAGUCCCAGGGCCUGUGACACGACUCCUGAUGCUCUGGACCACCUUGACUGGGGUGUCACUAGCCCUGUUCCCUGUAGCUCGGGCUCCCACAGCCCUGGUGGCUCUGGCUGUGGCCUACGGCUUCACAUCAGGGGCUCUAGCCCCACUGGCCUUCUCCGUACUGCCUGAACUAGUAGGGACUAAAAGGAUUUACUGUGGCCUGGGACUAUUGCAGAUGAUAGAGAGCAUCGGGGGACUGCUGGGGCCUCCUCUGUCAGGCUACCUCCGGGAUGUGACAGGCAACUACACGGCUUCUUUUGUGGUGGCUGGGGCCUUCCUUCUUUCAGGGAGUGGAAUUCUCCUCACCCUGCCCGACUUCUUCUCCUGCUUCUCAACUACUACCUCCAGGCCCCAGGACCUUGUAACAGAAGCACCGGAAAUUAAAGUUUCCCUACCGAAGGAGGGGCUGGAAGAGGACUGAACUUCACAGAGUCAGGCCCGGAAAGCCAGAGCUUGACAGCUCCAGGUCUUCUCUUGCCACAUCUUGGUCUCCACAGAACCACAGUGCCUUAAGAUUCUCGAUCUGCCUCCCCCUAGAGCAGGCCUGGGGCUCCUGCAAUGUGUGUGCCAACCCUUUGUA